GCGUGCUCGAAUUCACAAAACCCAAUCGUGUUGUGGUGUGUAAAUAACAGGCAAAGAAGGAAAAGUUUCUUCACUUUAACGCUUAAAAGAACAUUCUAAAGCAAAACAAAAUCAAAAUGAUUCGCAACAUUCGUUUCCUUCGUUCUGCAAUCGGUAAAAGCUUCUCGACCGCCAAUCAGACUGCAAAGUGGAAUGCCGGUGUCGUUACUCAAUCGGCGAACGGUAUUGCAACAUGUGCCGUCAGACCGUUAUCAGUGAUGCCGGGUACCGGCAUUAACCAGAACGGCGUUUUCUCCAUCGCUAGCCGGCAGAUUCACACCAAAGGGGAGCGGGAGCUUGUGGAAUUCCUGGCGGAAGAAAUCGUUGCCGAGAAAAAGGCAAGCCCGACCACCAACAUUCCGACCUCGUUGAAUGGGUUUAAGAUCACCUGCAAUAAGGCUGAUGUGGAGCUGACGAAAUCUUCGGAGCGUGAAAAGGUUGUCAUUUCGUUCAACGUGAAUCAUACGGUCGACAUGGAUGGGGAUGAGGCCGAUGCCACCGAAAACAAGCCGGAGUUUUCCGCCAUGAAAAGCCGUCCACAGUUUGAGGUCGAUAUUACGCGUGGAGGAACCACACUCUCGUUCACGUGCUCCUAUUUGCCAGGAGAGGCACAGGAAGGAGAAUACAAUGAUGUGUUUGGCAUCGACGAAGUGACCAUCUACCAGGGUGAAUGGAACGACAAAGUGUACGCCGUUGCCGGAGACGUGCUGGAUGGGUAUCUCUAUGAUCUCCUCAUGAACUUCCUGGAAGAGAAGGGCGUUAGCAAUGAGUUUGCCGAAAAGAUGUCCGACUUUGCCAGCACGUACGAACACGCCAAGUACGUGGAGCUGCUCGAGGCCAUCUCAAAGUUCACCGUUGAGCAGAAGUAGUGUUCCACUAAGCAUCAAUCUUAUUUGUCGCAUCGAUGAGCCCAUAUUCAACGCCGUGUUACAGGGGCGUUAUCCCUUUUUGCAUUUUUGUUAUCGCCAGCCCGAUCAUCCCGUAAAAACCUUGUAGAGCAUGGAAACAUCAUAUUACUCAGUGUCAUAGUUUAAUAGAAUAUCGUCACAAAAUAAAACGAUACAA